AAUGAGUGUUGUCCUGCUAGCUGCACAGUUUGUGUCAGCCAGCAUAUUUAUAUAUAUAUUAUAUUCAUAAGGCUUCUUAUGAACACCAGCAGCAGAUAAAAAAUAUUCACUAUGGCUUCUCGAGCAGGACCGAGAGCAAUGGGCACGGAUGGCAGUGACUUUCAGCACAGAGAGCGGGUUGCCUCACACUACCAGAUGAGUGUUGCCUUGAAGUCGGAAAUCCGUAAACUCAACAUCGUCCAUCUCCUGACCUGGGUGCUGAUGGCAGCUCAGGUGAUAGUGAGCCAGUUGAGCCUGGUGUCUCACAAGGUAGUAGCGAGUCCGUACCAGUGGGAGUACCCCUAUCUCCUGAGCAUAAUUCCCACUGUCUUCAACUUCUUGGCCUUGCCUCGCAACAACAUCAGCUACCUGGUCAUCUCCAUGAUCAGCUCCGGGCUUUUCUCCGUGGCCCCGCUGAUUUACGGCUCCAUGGAGAUGUUCCCCGUGGCUCAGCAGCUCUAUCGGCACGGCAAAGCCUACCGCUUUAUCUUCGGCUUCUCGGCCGUGACGGUCAUGUACUUCGUGAUCGUCAUCGCUGUGCAGGUGCAUGCCUGGCAGAUCUACUACAGCAAGAAGCUGCUGGACCAGUGGUUCACCAGCACGCAGGACAAGAAGAAGAAAUGAGUUCACCCCAAAGUGCGAUUAGCUGUAAGAUCUUAUGAGAGGAACUGACAGCCUAGGUGUAUGUGUGGGAAACUCAAUGGUUGGAGGGGAAAAAGAUGUAAUUAAUUCCAGGUGAACUGGGCCAGACAAGACUUUAAGGAAAAAGUAUUGCUGUCCAUCAUCUUUUUCUAUAUUUAUAUUUGACAAUAUAAUUGUUCAAAUGUUUGGGAAUCAGUCCCUGAACUACUUGCGACUGCUGCCAUCACUCACUGUACAUGAAUCCUUUUGGUAUUUUAUCAUUCCAAAUAAUAAAAUGUAAACUGCUUCCA